AUGACAGAGGAGCAGGACAGUGCUUCCGUGGAGGAGCUCCCGCCCUUCUCGUUCCUGAAAAAACCUAUCAAAAACAUUUAUGCCACCUCGGUGAUCUCCUCGAUUCUUAAUAAAACCUCUCCAGACAAAAAACCUCCUGCCAAAGCAACCUUCAACAACAUCGAUUAUGAUGAACAAAUCCGAGCACCACGCAUGUCGGGCGUCAACCACUACACCUACGAGCCUGAGUCGCCUCGACCUUUCACGGACCGCAAGAAUCUGACUCUGGGUCUGUCUAGAUCGACGUCACAUGAGCUGGUGCUAAUGUUGGCACAGAAAAACGACACCAACGGCGAUGACGAAACGGCAGCCACUAGCACAGAGCAGACUUCACAGUAUCUUCCGGCGACCGCAGAUUUAAAUCAGUCCACCAGACGUAAUCUGGAGCCUGUGAAGCCUCGCUCUGGCAUGAUUAUAAAUGCGGUGUUGACUUAUGCCAGCAACCGGUAUUUUGAGCUAGACGAGGGCAAGGUAGUAGAAGGACAAGUGCACGGGGACACGGAAAUUCGUGAUUUGUCCACUGGAAAUGAAACCAGAGUCAAUGGAAAUGGAAAUGGAAAUGGACAGGAAGCCCAUGGCGUUGGAGCAAACAAUGAAAAUAACAUGAAAAGGUCUGAUGGAAGCGAUACAUCCAUGAACAGAAGUUACGUAGGGGCCAUGAAGGGUAGCGACGUGCUUUCCAAACUUGACACCGGCUCGGAUUGUCUGGACAAUACCGUACUGCUGGAUCGUCUGGACCGUCUGGACCGUCUGGAACAUACGAAGCUCAUGAGAGCCAUGCACAACCUCAACAGCAACACCAUGACUACGGAACGUACGGAGGUCAAGGACGAGGUCGGUGGAAGAGUUCGGUCGCCUACCAUGGGCGCAAAAGGGCCAGGGGUGCAACAAGUUUAUAAUUUGAAAAAACCACUCUGCACGCCAGCAGUGUUACGCCCCACCAACGACGAAGACGAGAUGGACAUGGACCAUUCCCUGGAACUGGAGGUUCUGACGCCAAUGGUGCAGAUUGAUAAGUAUCCGUUCCAACUCCCAGACUCUUAUGACCAGUAUACGCAGCAGGAGCCCACUCACAAUCACUGGAUGCCCAACAAUCUGCUGGACCAUUGUAUGAAAUGUUUUGAAGUAUUUGGCAACUUCUUCACCCCACAACGCAAGCGCAGACAUCACUGUCGGUUCUGUGGCAUGCUUUUCUGUCAGGAUUGUCUUCACAAAAGCAAGGAAAUGCAUUACUUCCAGGUGACAACACCAGAAGAAAGCACAACGGGUCAAAACGGAACAAGCGACUCACAGACAACUACAUCUUCUCGUAGAGCAUACAGUGGCUCGUCAAAUGCCAGUCAUGCGAGCUCAACCACAUCCACCAUCAAAUCUGGCCUACUAGACGAUGCAGUGGGUGGAGUGAUGAUGGACUCCAAAGCACGAUUUGUGGUUCCGCUAUUCCCCAACUUGGUGGGUGGAGCAGGUGUUCUGAUGCUCCAUCCCCGUUUCAAGCAAUGCAAGACAUGUAAAACAUGUGGAGCCAACUACCAAAGGCUUGUUAAUGCCAUCAAUCAGAGGCUUCGAGCAAGCGAGGAGUCAGAGGCUCCAUAUGUGUUUAUUGAGAAUCCAUAUACAUCUACGACGUAUGUGGGGACGCUGGUGCAUUCAUCGGUGAAUCGAGCAGAUAAGAAUCCCCAAGAAGAGAGACGGGCAUCGUUGGUGAACAAUGUUCCGUCCGAUUGGACAUGGAGCUCAUUUUGA